AGUGCUGAAUAGUGGUGCACACAGCACAGCAUAUGAAGGUUGUCUUGCUAGAAAGGAGUCAAUGGCAGUGUGGCAGGUUAAAGUUCAAAAGUAUAAUAUCAUAUGCAGAAGCAAUUAAGUUGGUUUAGAAAGCAAAUAAACCGGAGAGAAGCAAAGAAGAUGAAAAGAUGCACACAUUUGCAGACAGCUGAACAAAGUGGGGUGGAUAACAGAAGAGCUGAUGAAAAUAUUCUUUAGUAAAGAAGGAUUUGCCCAUUUUCUUGCUGAAGAGAUUAACUGUACAUUUCAUGCAAAAAGUAGGCCUGAAAAACUUAAAUACCCUAAUAGCAAAGAGUGCAGCGAGAUAUCUGAAUAUUCAAGGGAUAGAGAAGAGCUGAAAGGACAAGUGGCUGAAUGAAGAAUCGCAUUCACAAUAAUUACUAUAGCCCUUCAUUGGAUUGGGAUGGCAGGUCAGAACUUUUUUAUGAAGGGAUCCUGGGAGAUGGAAGCAGCCAGUGGUUUCCCCAAUCUGGAGAGGAUCCCACUAAACAGAUCAACGGCUCGGACAUCUCAUCUAUGUAAAAUAAUGGAAAGUAUGGUGACGAACGACUAACACAUUAUCUUGACUAGAACUAAGACAUUUCAGGUCAAAUGUGAAGGGUGCUGGAGGAAAGGUCAGCGUAAGCUAGCGUUAGCUAGGGCAGUUGAAUAUUCUGAAUAUUCAGAUCAAUUUCAGUAAAGCAGAGGUUAAGGGGUCAUUGAAAGUGAAAAAAAAAAUAGAUGGCAAGAAAAAUUGAUCAGGGAAGGUAAGGAUUGUAAUUUGUUCAGAAUUAAUCAGUUGGUUGGGAAUAACACAAUUUGGAAGGGGGCAGGUAGGAAGAAUGACAAUCACUAGAUUAAGUUUAGGUCACACAGGUGUCUUGAUUAAUAAACGAGUAGAUUGAAGAAGCGAGUAUUGUGGGGAACGAGUAACGGUAAUUCAUGUAUGCAGCUACAUUAAAUAUGUCAGCCAGAGAGAGAUUUAGAGCUCAUCUGCAUGAAGUGGGGGCAGAGCUUAAUAUAAACCUAAUUUUAAAUCUGCCAACAGGAUAUACAUGUUUUACGUUAGUGUAAUAGUAUUUAAAUUCAACAGGCUUGACAGAAUUUGAGUUUUUUUCUUUUAUUAUUUUCUUUUAGUGUCAUGGACAAAAUUCUCAGUCCAUGCUCCAGGCCAAUGGGUGGCGGCAAAUGCACCAAAUACGUUAAUACAACCGAAGUAAAACAGAAGAAGAAGGAAGAAACGGUACCGUCGUUUAUCUGUGUGUUUUGAGUGAUGCCAAUGCUUCAUUUAACCAAAUGAGCGAAUAGAUGAGUUAAUAAAAAUGCGUUCGGAAUACAUGCAAUAGCUGCGUCUGCCCGCAUAACUUUGUGCAGUAGCCCACGGUAAUAGCACGCUAAAUUGUACAGCUAGCGGGUAUUUGUCGUGAACUCUGGGUAGCUAGGUGUGCUGCCUGUAAUAUUAGCGCGAUCAAAUUUUUUGUAGAAUUUAGGUGGGCAAUUUGUUCGUGAGGUAGUCGCUAAUACCGGAGAGUGUUUGAUUUUGCUACGUUAGCAAGAUGGCUUUUUCAUCAACAAGCUAGCUAAGUAUCGUAGCUGUGUGCUAAAACUUGUUUUCGGUGGGCAAUGUGACCAACUGAAGAAGUAUAGCUAUCGAGUUAGCAGUGUGUUAGCUAAUUGAACGGCAACAUGUACAAACAACCCGAAAUCAAUGCUCAUGAAAAUGGCGACAAGAUCAGUCCGAUAAGUGUAAUACUGGUGAGCUCAGGCAGCCGUGGUAAUAAGUUACUUUUCCGGUACCCGUUUCAACGAGUUCCUGAAACAACAUCUUCUCUAAUAAUGAAACAGCGAAGCCCGUAUGCACUGAACUCGGCUGGCGACGUUCCAGAGGACCAGGAUGGGGAUUCAAGAGAACAAACCCCAUUAACUGAUGAACAGUUGGUAGCAGGGUUCUCUGACAUCAUACUGGCCACCAUCCUGGCCACCAAGUCGGACAUGUGCGGGAAGAAGUUUGAGCUGAAGAUCGACAACGUGCGCUUCGUGGGGCACCCCACCCUGCUGCAGCACCCCCACACCAUCCAGGUAUCCAAAACUGACCCCUCGCCCAAGAGAGAGAUGCCCACCAUGAUCCUGUUCAGUGUUCUCUUCGCACUUAGGGCCAACGCGGACCCCUCGGUCAUCAGCUGCAUGCACAACCUCUCCCGCCGCAUCGCCAUCGCCCUGCAGCACGAGGAGCGCCGCUGCCAGUACCUGACCCGCGAGGCCAAGCUCAUGCUCGCCGCCCAGGACGAGGUCACCACCAUGACCGAGACCGAUGGCAGCCCCCAGUCCCCCUUCCGGCAGAUUCUACCCAAGUGCAAACUGGCGCGGGACCUGAAGGAGGCCUACGACAGUCUGUGCACUACAGGGGUGGUGCGUCUGCACAUAAAUAACUGGCUGGAGGUGAGCUUCUGCCUGCCCCAUAAGAUCCACCGCGUCGGGGGCCAGCACAUCCCCCCCAGGGCCCUGGAGUGCAGCCUGAAAGCCAUACGGCCGUACCACGCCCUGCUGCUGCUGGACAGUGAGAAGGCGCUCCUGGCCCAGCUGCCCUUGGACUGCUCCCCCGCCCUCGUGCGCCUGGUCAAGACCUGCUCGGCCGUCAAAAACCUGCAGCAGCUGGCCCAGGACGCCGACCUCGCCCUCCUGCAGGUGUUCCAGAUUGCGGCUCACCUGGUGUACUGGGGCAAGGCCAUCAUCGUGUAUCCGCUGUGCGAGAACAACGUCUACAUGCUGUCCCCUCACGCCAACAUCUGCCUCUACUCUCCCCUGGCGGAGCAGUUUGCACAGCAGUUUCCUGGACACGACCUGCCCUCCAUGUUGGCCAAAUUCUCCCUGCCUGUGUCCCUGUCCGAGUUCCGCAACCCCCUGGAGGCCCCCGUGCAGGAGGCGCAGCUGAUCCAGAUGGUGGUGUGGAUGCUGCAGCGCAGGCUGCUGAUCCAGCUGCACACCUACGUCUGCCUGCUGGUGCCGCCCAGCGAGGACGAGCCCAGCGCCCGGGACGACGAGCUCUCACUGGCCGCCCGCGUAGGGGGGCGGAGCCUCAGCACGCCCAGCGCCCUCAGCUUCGGCUCGCCCACCAGCAGCGAUGACAUGACCCUGACCAGUCCCAGCAUGGAGAACUCGAGCGCGGAGCUGGUGCCGGGCGGGGACUCGCCGCUGAACAGGCGCAUGACCGAGACGCUGCUGGCCAGCCUGAGCGAGCACGAGAGGCACGUCAUCCUGAGCGUGCCCGCGGCACAGAACCCUGAGGACCUGCGCAUGUUCGCCAGACUGCUGCACUACUUCCGGGGACACCACCACCUGGAGGAGAUCAUGUACAACGAGAACAUGCGCCGCUCGCAGCUCAAAACGCUCUUCGACAAGUUCCGCAGCGUCCUGGUCGUCACUAACCACGAGGACCCCGUCAUCUCCCUCUUCCAGUCCCCCCUGGACUGAGCUGGGACUCUGAGGGCCCUCGGGACCCCGGGUCACCCCAGGGUGGAUGUGACCGGUGACGCGCCCGGUCCUCUGGCGCCAGGAGGUAGUGGCGAGUUCACUGGUUCAAAGCUGUCGCUGUAGCGCACGCCUCCCCCUCUGUGCUGUGAUCCCCCCCUUUACGGUGAGUUUCCCUCACUGUGAACUUCAGACCCGGAUGCUAGAAGAGACACCUGUCUGAAAUAUGGCAGAAAUAUGUGCACAGUUGGUGCAGUGAA